AUGUAAAAACUGUCAUCUUCACUUCCUCUUCUCAUAACUGCACACACACACCCUUACAAUGGCAGCGGACGGAGGUCACUGGUUUUCAAUAUUAGCGACAAUUAUAGUACCACUGGCGACAGUUAUAAUACUCUUUACCCCAGCCUGCAGUGGAACGAUCACACACACAGUGGGUGACUCCAUUUGGUCGAUCCCACAAACCGAAGGCUUUUAUAACAAGUGGGCGUCUUCUCGGCUUUUUCGUCCAGGAGACAUUCUCUAUUUCGAAUUUGAUCGAGAUUUAUACCACGUGAUGCGGGUUCAGAAUUGGGAGUACCAGAUGUGCGAGACCAACAUUGUAAUUCCGUGGGAGGUUUACCGUGACGGGAAGGCGUGGGUUACUUUACCAGAGGAGGGUUAUUAUACUUACAUAUGCAAUGUGUUGGACUAUUGUUCCUUAGGGUUAAGAUUUGAGUUAAAGGUUAACAAGAGCGAUUCCCCUUGAGGAGGCUAGUU